AUGGAUAGUAUUUUCUACUCAAACAUCCAUCCUGAGUAUUAUAAGCAGAAGCCUCAUUAUGAUUUUGCUAACAAGAUCAUUCACUCCAGUGCUUAUAAGAAGUUAAACCCACUCAGGACUUAUUUCGAUUAUCAGCCUGAAAGAUUAAGUGAAUUGCCCACCUUCUUCGGAGAAAUACCUCAACAUAGUUGGCUCUACGGAAAUCUCGACUAUUCCUUCAACAAGUACCACAGACACUACCAGUCACAUGACGAGUGGUACCCAGACAGAAAGAACAAGUCCCUCGGAUUCAAGCAAGGAGGCUUCAUGGACCCAACUGCCAGAAACCCCAAGGGGCUGACUUUUGUCAGAGAAAACUUCCCCAGAGGAUGUGUCAGAGAGAUCAGGAAGUACCACCACUGCAAGGAGAACAACGAGAAGGGCGAAUGCUUCAACCAGAAAAUUUCAAUCAUGGAAGUGUGUCCUGACCACAUCUUGGAGGCCAUGAGGGAACAGAAGAAGUGGUAUUUGAGAGCCAAGUCUAUUGAUAAUCAGACCUACAGAAGAGCUAUGACUAUCUCAGAUUUUAACAAGGGAAGAAGUGUUUCAGAUCUUCAGUUAAAGGACUGGUCUUACGGUACUAGUGAAAAGUUGAGAGCUGACUCAUACUGGUUUGAUGAUAGAUACAAUCCAACUGUGGUGAGACACCCACACAGGCACGAUACAGUCAACUUCCCAGAUAAGGAGUAUAAAGACAUCUUUGGAGGAAAUUGGGGACAAGGCAACCUUGAUGAGAGAGAGAAACAUGCUCUAAAAUUCUGGUCUCAAAAGAGUAAAGCUAUGGUUGAGGUUGACGAAAAAUUAGAACAGAAGAAUGCACCAAAGACUAAUGAAGAACAUUAA